UAGAUAUGAGUCAUCGUUCUCGAGCCUCCAGGGUGCAACAGCAUGUCCACUGUGAUUCCUGCUACAGCCGGCGCUGCAGGGCUCGGGUGGAGCCCUCCAUGAGCUGUGCGCUCAUCCCCUGCCGCCUGCACUGUGGAGCUGUCUUCCAUCUUUGCAAAGAGGAGGAUCACCUGCUGCUCUGUCCUAAUGUGAGGGUGCCCUGCUUCAAUGCUGAAUAUGGCUGCCCGGUGCAGCUGGCCCGCUCCUUGCAGGCAGCUCAUCUCCAGGUGUGUCCAGCCAGCGUGGUGUGUUGCUCCAUGGAGUGGAACCGCUGGCCGACUGACGACACAAACCCACAAUGCAACACAGCCCUGCAGGAGAAUGUGCUGAAGGAAAGGAUUGUCAGUGGUGCUGCAGACUGUAAUGCCAAGAAAGAAAACGACUUGUGUGAGAAUGAUGUGGUCAAACUUCCUACACAGAGUAGUGUCGUACAAGACUCAGUCCCCAGCAAAGACAAAUACAACCUGUCUGAGAUAAUGUUCAGCAUGGAGAAAGGUGGCUGCGCUGUCGCUCAGGCAGGUCAAGACAAUCCCGAACAAAACCCAAGACCUGGUGAGAAGGGGAUAGCCCAGAGUGGGAGAGAUUUAAAGGAGGCUGAGAGGCAGGAUGGUGCAGCUGUUUCUAGAAACUGCCCCCUGCCAGACACAAAAAAGACAGGGCUGGCCCCAUGGCAGGAGGGGGUGCUGGAGCGUCUGGGGCAGGAGCUCACUCCUCAGGAAUACAACAUGUAUAUGGUGCAUCACGGGCGCAUGCUGCUGGCUUUCGGACAAAUUGAGGCCUGUACCCCGAGGGAGAAAGAUUUUGUGUAUGGCAGCCUGGAGCCUAUUCCAGUCCAGACCCUGCACCCUACUUACAAGACCCCUGUUAGCUAUCACUACGGGCGGCGGAUCAAUCUGUACAACACUGCAGUACGGGCUCAGAGUGAGACUCGCAGCGUAGACACGUCUGACCUCAGAGCCAGCGAAGAGGACUGGUUCAGUGAUGAAGCAGCAGCCACCCUCCUGGGCUACGCUGAGAAGGAGGUCAUGGGUCACAAGAUCAGUGAAUCAAAAACAUUUGAUGGAAUUUAUGUUGAUGUGGGAACACAGACACACUCAUUCCGCUCAUCCCCAUUUAAAAAGACAACGACCCUGGAGCAGGUGAUGGUGGACAAACCACUGAAGCUCCACCUGCAGCUGCAGACAGAGAGUGUGAACAGCAGACACAACAGAGCCAGCAGUGUCUUCACCUUCCUCUGUGGUCACACCUUCCACCGCAGGGAGUUUGCCACACAUUACAGAAAUGUCCACAGUGACAUCCAGAUGUGUCUGAGUGGAUGGUUUGAGCAGAGAUGCCCACUAUCAUAUCUGGGAUGCACCUACAGCCAGAGGAGAUUUCAGCCUUCCACACAUAAAGCUACUGUGACCUACAAUCAGCAGCUGAGGAGUUUCAACUUGCGUCCAACCCUUGUAACCUCAGUUGAUGAAAGCUCCCAGGCACCCAGGGGCUCAGUGGGCUCUUCCUUCGACCAGAGGAAGCGAGGAGGUCAGGCAGGAGGAGGGGAGGACUCUCUGAGCUCACUGCCGUACGAGGUCCUGUGCCACAUGGCCAGUUUCCUGGACAGUCUGUCCCUGUCCCAGCUAGCUCUGGUGUCCCGGCUCAUGAGGCAGGUGUGCUCGUCUCUGCUGCAGGAGAGAGGGAUGGUCACCCUCUGCUGGGAAAAAAAGACCUACUCACGUGGAGGAACCAAGUGGAGGGCCAAACCUGUAUGGGAGUUCAGUCACCUCUUCUCCCCAGUGGAUUUAUGGCACAUGGUGGACACCCCUCCUAUAUCUGCUCAUUUAAAAGUUUGUUCUUACUAUAAGACCUUUCUGCACAUAGAGCCUGUUCCUCUCCCCAGCAUGAGCGAGAAACAGGGGCGCAGCCAGGAGAACUGGAGCCUCAUCAACCAUUUCACGGGAAACAGAUGGCAACAAUGAAGAAAACAUU